CCUUGGCUCUGGUUUUCCCCAUGCACUGCCUGAGCCCAGGCCUUGUGGGAUUCUCUCCCAGGACACUGGGAUCUCAUGUGUGCUCCAAAUCUUGAGGUCACAAUCCCCAUGUGGCAGUAGCAGAGCAGGGCAUGAACCCUCAACCCUCUCAGGAGAGGUCCCAUGGCACCUGAGGACAGACAAGCUGUGGGAUGUCACACUGAUGUGCAUUUGUGCUUCUAUAGGAGAUGGGCUAUCGCAAGGGCCUAAGCCAUCUAGCGGCAAUGCUACUUAUGUGGAUGGGCGAAGAAGACGCCUUCUGGGCCCUAGUACAAUUAAUGGAAGAUAAAAAAUAUGGGUUGAGAGAUGUCUACAAGCCCGGGUCAGGGACACUGGAAGACCUGCAGAAGCGUCUGCAACAUGUCAUACACCAGGCACUCCCUGCUCUUGAAAAACACCUGGAGGAGCAGAGCAUAAGCCUUGGGAGCAUCACCAAGCACUGGUUUACACAAUGUUUUCUGGAGAUUGUGCCAUUUUCACUGGCGAUUAGAUUGUGGGAUGUCUUCCUACUGGAGGGGCAGCAGAUGCUCACCACAAUGGCCUAUACAACACUGAAGGUGCAUCAGAAGCGCCUGCAGAUGAUGUCCACGGAUGACCUUCAGGAGUUCCUACAGGAGACCCUGAAGAAAACCUGGGCCCUGGACGAUGAUGUUGUCAUCAAGAAGCUGCAGGGCUGCAAGCGGGAGCUAGCCAAGCUAAAAUGCCCCCUGCCUGCUGCAGAAAAACCCAAAGCAGUUGGCAGCCCAGCCAGGGGAGGUGCCUGCAUCUCCCUGAGGAGCAUCCUUCCAUCUGUGGCCUUGAAGAGAAAGAACAGCAUUCAGGAGAGCAAAGGGCGUCACCCUGAACCUGCAGCUCCUCCAUGCCAGGAGCCCACUGGGGAUUCAGCUUCUCCCCUGCAGGGGGAAGAUUGUCUUGAAAGUUAUGACUCCCAGGCCAACCUAAAGAAAGAUGCAGAGGAGGAGAUGGGCACUGAACCCAUCACUACCGCCAGCUCUUACACAAACCAGUGCAUUCUGCAGGCCCACAAGGAUGACCUCAGUAUGACCUACAGAAUCUGA